UCUACCUUUACUACCCCUCCCCGCCCUAUUCAGAGGAGUCUGCAUCUGUGCUGUGGAACCUGAGAAAGGAAGCAAAACACAAAUUUAAUUACCCACAUCAUGGCAAGGUACCACCACCACCACCACCACCACAACCACCACCACAACCACCAGGCAGGAUAUCUGGCUGACGAUGAAGGUGGUCACAACGCCUACAUGGCUCGGCUGCCCAAGAAGCACCGGUUGCCAGGAAGGGAGCCAACCUUCAAGUCUGGACAUGUGCCGCACCUACCAUCAAUGUACCGAUACUCAGAACACCAGGGCCAACAGCAAAAUCUUAGGCCCCCUCAGGUGUUUGGCACCUUCCUGGAUUUCCUGACAGAGGGUCAGGUACUGGACAGCUUGCAGACAGUGGUGGAGAAGGCAACAGAGCAUUUGGCUGCCACCAAGACGGAGGCCGGAGUGCCACUGGUGGACAUACAAGACCCGCUGGAGGCGCCAAGUGAUAGGCGGACUCGUGCCAGACGCACUGUGCAUCGACACCAUGCUCGGCCCACGCUGUGUGCUGGGCACCCAAACAAUUACCCAUCUUGCUCCAGCUCCAUGUCCGACUCCCACAGCAGCAUUUCAGCUGGCUGGCUGGGCUCCCAUAACCAGGACACUGCUCCUGGUCCCCGUGGCAUAGGCUCACUGCCACCUAUGAGGGACAAACUCCUGCUUGAGAAAAACCUCAAGAGGCUACUGCGACUUGAGAACAAAGGGAAAGGCCUGAAUCAUUCCUGCCCCCAGAGGGAUUCUCUACCGUGGGAUUCACUGGACAGCCAGACCAGCAGUCAGUGGACCCGAGAGCAGCCCCUGUCUUGGUUCUCUGGGCUUUUGGGCUCCAACUCAGCCACCCCUGAAACAUUGGGACUUGGAGAACAGGAGAUGAUUUUCCUCAAAGAAGAGUUGACCAAGGAGAUAAAGUCACUGCUGAACCAGCCAGCAUCGUUCAACCUGCCUGUGUAUUGUUCACUCAGGGAGCCCCAUCGUACCCUGGACUUCCUGGCUGAGCAUCGUCUCUUUCCUGCCCUGCAGCGUGUAGUCAGCCAGGCGGUAGACAAGCUCAGCCAUGCCUGCCGCCAUAAUGGCUUCCCCCUCUUCCCUGUUGACUCAGAUCCCACCCCAGUGAUGCCUGGGGACUAUGAUCUUCUGCAGCAGAACGAGUCCAAACCCAACAGCAGGGAUGGGGAGGAGCCUUCUGAUUCUCCCACCACAGUCUCCAGCCCUAAGACAUCUCGCAGGAAAAGCAAGGGCAGACGGGACUCCCCCUCCAUGUCUAAUGCCCAGAUGACUACCAAAUUCAGGCUCAAGAGCCCCAGCACCAAGCUUCCGAAGAAGAAACCUCUGCCGUCCAUCUCAUCUGUGUCUAGCUUGUCCUACAUCUCUAACCCCUGGUUUGAGGAACUCACUAACUUUUUGAUUGAGCAGGCAAUCUCCUUGCUUAUCUCCAAGUACAAGUUUGAGGAAAGCCUCAAUAGUCAACUUGGCUUCGUCUCCUUUCCUGUCACUGAGGUUCUCAUGGACAUCUUUCUGGGCUUCAAGAAGGUGAAGGGCACCCACAUCCGUCUGUCCUCAGACAUCAACUGGACCUGUCUUCUGCGAAAGUUGGAAGAAGCUGAAUUGGCACGGCAGGCCAUACACCGUGCCUCCAGGCCAGGAGCCUCCCAUCAUAAUGUCUCCCGUGCUGGCACCUCUCGGCCUAGCACAGAAUCCCACUCUGUGCAACCAGAGCAUACUGGUAACACCAAUCAGGACCAGAGUAUAGAGCCCCCCUUCUCCCUCCGCCAUGAGUUGCCAAUCCACCAGCUGCUCAACCCUCAGGAUCCUGGUGUAGGCCAGGAACAGAUGCCCAGGAGCCCUUCAGUGCCCAGUGCUGGUAUGGGCACCAUAUCCUCCAAGUCCAAGGAUAUAGAAAAUAUGGAAGAGGGUGAGGGCGGUGAGGAGGAGGAAGAAGAGGAAGAGGAGCAGGAGCAGGAGCAGGAGGACAGAGGAAGUGAGGAAGAUGAAAUCAGUGAUACCUUUGCGGGUGAGCUCACCCUCACUAGCCUGCCUGAGCCUGAGUUGGAGGACUUAAUGAAUGAGUCCACUAUAAUGAGACCCAGUGAGUCCCCAUGA